AAACUCUAUCUUUCUAUCAAUUUAAGCCAUCAUAAUCAAUUUCUACUCUUUCUGCAGGCUCCCCUUGUUUCAAAAUCUGGUUUUUUCAGAAAGGCUUUGUCUGAAUCAUUCGAGAUCGAACUGCCAGAUAGUUUUCCAGGAGGAUCAGAAGCAUUUGAGAUAGCCAUGUUGUUCUGCUAUGACAGUCCACUCCCUCUUGACCCUUUCAAUGUCCUGGCACUUCGUUGCGUCGCCAGUUUUCUCGAUAUGACAGAGGAGUACUCUUCUGGUAACCUCUGUGAGCAGGCAGACCUCUACUUGAACCAGGUUGUGUUGCAGAGCUGGGAUGAUACCCUUAUAGUUCUUCAAAAGUGUCAGAUUCUGCUGCCAUGGGCUGAGGAACUUCUUGUAGUGAGCCGAUGCAUUGAAUCCUUGGCAUUCAUGGCGUGCAUGGAGAUACUUGAUCCUGAAAGAGAAAGAGAAGGCCCGCUCCUCAGUUUACAAGUCAUGGUUGGUCGUGUCUGGAACUGCGAAAAGGCGAAGGAGAUUGCGGGGCAGGAUUUAUGGGUCAAGGAGCUGAUAGCACUCCCCUUCGAGUUCUUCGAUAGGAUAAUUCGAUCUUUGAGAAAUCAAGGCAUGGAAGAGAAGUAUGUUAGCCCAUUAAUUGUGUUGUAUGCUAACAAAUGGGUGCUUUCAACAAAGACACACAAAUACUUGGAGAGCAUCGAUGAAAACAAUGGAAUUGAUGUGAGUAAGAAAGUUUCUGCAAUUCUUCAAGGCUUACUUGAGUUGCUUCCACUGGGAGACAAUAAGACUGGCAAGGUGAUCCCAGUGAGUUUUUACUUUGUCAUGCUCUCAAGGUCUGUAAGUCUUGGUUUAGAUAGUGAGAGCAGGGUUCCAUUGGAAGAAGAAGUUGCUUCACUUCUGCAUUUUGCUCGUUUGGAGGAUUUCCUGCUCCCUGCAAAUGGCUUGGAUUCAGAGUCCAUAGCAUCUUCUGCGGAGGUAAAGGUGAUGGAGAGAAUCUUCUCACUUCAUUUAUCUUCCAAGCCUGAGACAUUCUACAGUGGAUCUUCUCUCAUAAACACUGACUCCAUGGUUGCUGAAUUAUGGGACCGUUACCUUUCCUACAUUGCGAUGGAUCCAAAGCUCGAUGCAAACAGAUUCAUAAAGCUCAUUGAAACAGUCUCAAUGGCUGAUCGAGAGACGCAUGACCAUCUUUACAAAGCAAUGAGUGUUUUUUUACAGGAACAUCCGCAUAUAUCAUCUGAAGAUAAGGCAUCUGUGUGCAAAUAUUUGAAUUGCCCCAAGUUGUCACAACCAAUAUGUAUUCAAGCAGUGCAGAAUGAGCUGAUGCCACUGCGGUUAAUAGUGCAGGCUCUGUCUGUUCAGCAGCUGCACACACACCAAGCCUUCAAAGAUUUUUCAGAAUCCUUCAGGUACACAGAAUUUGCUGAUUUCUCAGGAAGCCUUCUAAGCUCCAGAUCCCAAGCUCUGUUAAGCCAAUAUAUGGGGAAAAAUUCAUAUCAACAAACAACUGAGGAAGAGGAUACUGGAGGAACCCUUUUAGACUCCCUUACAAAGAGCAGAGAUCAGACAGAGAGGCCUGAGCUAGCCAAGGCAGAAUAUGAAUCAACAAGCUUUAGAAUCCAGGUUCUUGAAGAGGAACUCGUGACACUGAAGAAAAGUCUUAAGAAGCAGAAUCUACUUAAGGGAUCAAACGACAUUGCUUCAAGGACACCAAGCUUUCGACAAUUUGGCGUGAAUGGGAAGACAGCUCUGAAGAGAAGGAGCCCUCCUGGCCAAGUUAACAGUUGCAUUGGCUCAAUCGGUUGGAGUUCACAAAAGAAGCAUGUAAACAGACUGGUGAAGGCAUUUCGAAAGCUAAGAAUGUUAGGAAAAGGAAAAACCAAGAUAAGGCAGGUUUCUAGUGAGAUAAAAAGCACUUCAGUUGCUUAACAAAAGCAAAAACAUGAAGGAAGAUUAUAACUUUGGAAGAGCUGAAAGUGAGAAUAAGAUCCAAUGUAAGAUGGAAAAAUCAUGAUUAGUUCAGCAAUCUCCCUGAAAAGAAAUUGAUGAGAAAAGAACACAUCUAACCUAUCCAUCCUUCUUUUUUUCUUGUAACUAUAUAUGAAGGAAUAGACAAGACAAUGUAAAGAUUGCUUUAGAAGUCUUUAAAAAUAUAUAUCAAUAUUCCAAUGCUUCCAUUUGAACUAAAUAAAUAGUUUCAACCAAACUACUCUCUAUGCUCUCAAUUUAGAACUGAUGGAACAAGUUAAGCACUCUGCCUUUUUGUAAUAAGAAGAUUGCCAGAAUUAAGUUUCAAUAUUUAUAAACAUUCAACUUUUUCAUAAGAAAAUUAUGACACUGUCAAACAAACAAAGCUGCUAUAGCAUUAUAAUUACUAAGUCAACUUCCUCCCAUCUGAUCUUCAAAGCAUUGUUACUGGAUAAUUGUAAAUCCACAGUAACUUUCCUUUUUCUCAUGAAAUAAAAAGCUUACUACACAACUUCACAUAACUUCAAAAUUUAUACCUAUCAAAUUCAUCACCCUUUCUUGUUCUUUAUUUCGAGUCUUUCAUAACUUAACAGCUCUCCCCCCACCACGGGACAAUACACACAGGCUGCAGGUAUGCUAACAAUGCUUCUUUCUACUUUCAUGUAAAUAUUAAUACUCUAGCAAUUAAAAUAUUUUUGGAUCUUUUUCAUUACUUAACAAAACAUACUCAUAAUUGCUUAAUAAUAAUAAAUUUUUGGAUCUUUUUCAUUACUUAGCAAUCAAGUUCAUAAGCAUAGCCAACCUUAUAUUUGUUCCAUGAAUUUUAUCUUGAGACACCAGUAAUUUCAACCAACUUGUUUUUAAAAAAUUAUCAUCAACUAUACUUCUACUCCUACCUAAAAUAGAUAAAAAUAUCUUACAUUACAGUAUUUAUUUUAUAAGAUGCCUUUCUAAUACAUUUUUAGCAUCCAGUGUAAGCAAGAUAACAAAAAUAUCAUUCCAAAAAUUAGGACAAGCUGUUAAUUGUCAACCAGAAACAAAACCAAACAGUUGAGAAGUAGAAUAGCUUAUCACACAAAUAUCUCUUCACUAUGCCUGCCAUCUGACAUACUUUGCUGCAGCCGCUCUAUACAGAGAAUAUUUGAUUCUCUCUAACAACCUGUACCCUUCUAUAAGAUAAAUAUACACUCUCAUGUAACCUUAUGUUUCAGCUAAUACAUUUACUGUUUCAUCUUCAUGUUUUUCUUUACCUCUGCUCUCAUGGUAUCAGAGCACUAAGGCCACCGGCCUGCUCAUCAUCCUACCUACAAGGUGGACAACAAUGGUUCUUCACCUUAGCCCAUUUUAUCCAGCUCUCCUACUGGUAAACUGGCAAUUCCUCCCUCCCUCAAGUUUUUCAUGUCCAACCUCAAACACAUUGUUAACAUUCAGCUUAACAAUGAUAAUCAUCCCAUCUGGAAACUCCAGAUUCUAAAAAUAUUUACCGCCAAUGGAUUUAUCCGGUGCUCAAACUUGUUCGCCAAAGCAUACAUCCUCACUAACUGGUGAUAUCUCCCUUAACCCAAAUUUCCAACUAUGGAGGCUCACCGAUCAGAACCUAUUCGUUGCUCUCUUCUCUACUAUAUCUCCACCCAUUCUUCCCUAUAUUCUUACCCUCAAAACCACCCAUGAAAUUUGGAACACCUUGGAGAAACGGUUGCAACCCACAAAUCGUUCCCGAGUCAUUCAACUCAAGAACAAACUUCAUCAUAUUACCAUGAAAUACCUUACCAUUUCACAAUACCUUGCUCAAAUUAAAGCCCUCGUCGACAACAUUGCUACUGUCGGAUCACAUGUUGAUACCAAGAAUAUCAUACGAUACAUUCUUAAUAAUUUACCCCCCUCUUGCCAAGCCUUCAAAACCUCCAUUCACACCUCACUAAACACUAUUUCCCUUGAUAAUCUCUAUUCAUUGCUCUGUAGUAAAGAAAUUCACAUCCAGAACGAUCUCUCCAAAUAAUCGUUACCCCAUCUAGAUACGUUCGCCCUUCAGACUACCAACAAUUCUACCUCACGUGAACUCUCCACCAAUUCCUUCCGCUCCAGUCAUUGCCGCAUCUUCUCCCCACGAUCCUACUCUCCUCGUCCCACCAAUUCCUCUGCUCGUGGUGCUCGCCAAUCCUCCAUGCCGCGCCUCAUAUGUCAGACAUGUCAAAAACUUGAACACUCGGCUGCCUCCUAUUGGCACAGGUGCAUUCUUCAAUACUCUCCUCCAGCUACCAGCAACCCCUGUGGUCUUCUCACUUAGCAAUAUCCACCAACAUUAGCUGAUUGGUAUCUUGAUUCUGGAGCACCCACAAAUCUCACUUUUGACCCUAAUCAUCUACAAUAAUUCACCACAAAUAGUGGUCAGGACACCAUCUACAUUGCCAAUGGUUCUGCUAUACCUAUCCAGCACAGUGGCCAAAGUCUCCUUCCAUUACCGAACUCCAACCAUAAGCUCAUACUCCAUUCCUUACUUCACGUUCCCUCUCUUACAAACAAUUUACUUUCUAUUCAUAAACUUACAACUGAUAAUCGAUUUUCUAUCUUCUUCGACGCCAUCCGACGCCAAUGGCUUUCUCAUCAAGGACUCCCUAACCAACCAAGUAAUUCUUCGAGAUCGUAGCCGUAACGGUCUCUACCCCAUCUUCUCCAACCACUCUCCUGCCGUGGCUCUCCACACUCAACUCCACCUUGCUUCUCUAUGGCAUGCCAGAUUGUGACAUCCACACAACCAAGCUUUAUAUGCUUUAGCUAAACAUAUUUCCUCUCUAUGUACUUCUUCCCCCCUCCUCUUUGCAAGUCUUGUAAUGUGGCCAAGAGCCACAAACUGCAUUUUACUAAAAGUUUAAAGAGAACUACUAAACCACUUCCUCUUAUAUAUUUUGAUGUCUGGGGACUAGUACUCGUGCAAUCACUUAAUGGUUAUAUCUAUUAUGUUAUUUUACUCGAUGACUUCUCUCAUUUUUGCUAGUUGUACCCAAUGCAUAGAAAGGCUGAAAUAUUCACUAAAUUUCAGCAAUUCCUCUACAUAGCUUAAAAUUUAUUCAACACCAAAAUACAAAUGUUAUGAUCUGAUAAAGGCGGAGAAUACCUUUCUCACCCCUUUCAACAAUUUCUCUCAACUCACGACAUCAUUCACCAACUCAAUUGUCACUAUACAACAGAACAAAACGGCCUAGCUGAACGUAAACAUCGUUAUCUUCUCGACGCCACUCGUACUUUCCUACAUGCAGCCAAUCUCCCCCUCAAGUUUUGGAUGGAAGCAUUACAUACUGCCAACUACAUGAUCAACCAUCUCCCAUCCAAAGUUCUCAACUAUGCCUCUCCAUUUCAGCUACUUCAUAACCAUACAUCAUCUUACGAUCACCUUAAGACGUUUGGAUGUCUAUGUUUUCCCUGACUAAAGCCCUUAAGCUCCCAAAAACUUCAGCCACGUUCAACUGAUUGCAUCGCCACGUUCAACUGAUUGCAUCUUUCUUGGUUAUUCCACCUCCCACAAAGGCUAUCGUUGUCUCAACUUGCGCUCAUGUAAACUACGUAUCUCUCAUCAUGUUAUCUUCUAUGAAGAUAACUUCCCCUAUCAGCCCACACCAUUCUCAACGUCCCCACCUCGAUCUCCCUCACCUCAUCUCUCACCAGUUACCCUGAUUCCUACCUCCACCUUAUACCAUCCAAUAUCACCUCCCACAUACACCCUUCAAAUCUCAACAGAUCAAACUUCACCUCCUUCACAAACAAACCCGCCCUUGAUGCAGGACUAAAUAUGAAAUGAUUUUAGUUCAUUUAGAUUUUGCACAACUCUUGAUUAGAACAAUCACAGAACAAACUAGAAGCAGUUUAAAACAACUAAUCAAAACAAUUAAGGGAUCACACCCGCUUAAGCUAAAUUACGUAGCAAGAGAUUUGAAGCCUUCCAAAUAAGAAUGAAAACAAUACAAAGACAAAUAGUAGUUUCAAAGAAAUCCCUAGUCUAACAACAAGAAUUAGAAAGUAUAAAGGUGAACUCAAACCCCACGUUUACUAAGCUUUAGCAUGAGCGGCAUGGAGUCGUCCUUCAUGACUGUCAUCAA